AUGCCCGCGCCAACCGCCUUGAAGCAGCCGGACGAAGCCCCGCUUCCCUUUGAAGCCAGCGUUGUCGAGCAAGGUGAAGAUGAAUUUAUCCUCGAUGCUUCCGAAGCUGUGACUAGCGAGGGAGAGUUCAUGGCUCCCCAAGAUUUCUCGGGCGAUGUAUCCAUGGCUAUCGACGAAGAGGGCCGACCUCGAUUUGCGCCCGCCAAGGAUAUCGACCCUGUAACACGAGUUGAAACUCGCAAAGUCCCGAUCCCACCGCACCGAAUGACACCGCUCAAACAGAACUGGGCCACCAUCUACCCUCCUCUGGUCGAACACCUCAAGCUCCAGUGCCGAAUGAAUGUGAAGCGCAAGAUGGUAGAACUAAGGACUUCCAAACACACCACCGACUCUGGUGCUCUACAAAAGGGAGAAGACUUCGUCAAAGCGUUUACAUUGGGAUUUGAUGUCGACGAUGCCAUUGCCCUGCUGCGUCUGGAUGACCUCUACAUUGAGACGUUCGAGAUCAAGGACGUACGGACCAUGCACGGGGAUAGUCAGGCUCGUGCUAUCGGUCGAAUUGCGGGCAAGGAUGGCAAGACCAAGUUUGCUAUCGAGAACGCUAGCCGUACGCGAGUCGUCUUGGCUGACUCUAAAAUUCACAUUUUGGGAGGCUUCAAGAACAUUCACAUGGCUCGUGAAUCUAUCGUUAGCCUUAUUCUUGGAAAGCCCCCCGGCAAGGUGUACGGCAACCUGCGCACCGUGGCGGCGCGCAUGAAGGAGCGAUUCUAA